CGCGCUUGCGCACUGAGGGCCAGAAGGCUGUUCCUGAGGCAGCGGUAUAGCGCGGCAUCUCUUCAGAGCGGACGCGGGAGUCGCCGCCAUGAGUCGCAACUAUAAUGAUGAGCUGCAAUUCUUGGAUAAAAUCAACAAAAAUUGCUGGAGGAUCAAGAAGGGCUUCGUGCCUAACAUGCAGGUGGAAGGAGUUUUCUAUGUGAAUGAUGCCUUGGAAAAAUUAAUGUUUGAGGAGUUGCGGAAUGCCUGCCGAGGUGGUGGUGUUGGUGGCUUCCUGCCAGCCAUGAAACAGAUUGGCAAUGUGGCAGCCCUGCCUGGGAUUGUUCAUCGUUCCAUUGGUCUUCCAGACGUCCACUCAGGCUAUGGGUUUGCUAUUGGGAAUAUGGCAGCCUUUGACAUGAAUGACCCUGACGCAGUGGUUUCACCAGGUGGCGUCGGAUUUGAUAUCAACUGUGGUGUCCGUUUGCUGAGAACCAAUUUAGAUGAAAGUGAUGUUCAGCCUGUGAAGGAGCAACUUGCCCAAGCUAUGUUUGACCACAUUCCUGUUGGGGUGGGAUCAAAAGGUGUCAUCCCAAUGAAUGCCAAAGACUUGGAGGAGGCCUUGGAGAUGGGUGUGGACUGGUCCUUGAGAGAAGGCUAUGCCUGGGCCGAAGACAAGGAGCACUGUGAGGAGUAUGGAAGGAUGCUGCAGGCUGACCCCAACAAGGUUUCUGCAAGGGCCAAAAAAAGGGGCCUCCCUCAGUUGGGGACCCUGGGAGCUGGCAACCAUUAUGCAGAAAUCCAGGUUGUGGAUGAGAUUUUCAACGAGUAUGCUGCUAAGAAAAUGGGCAUCGACCACAAGGGACAGGUGUGUGUGAUGAUCCACAGCGGAAGCAGAGGCUUGGGCCACCAAGUAGCCACAGAUGCACUGGUAGCCAUGGAAAAAGCCAUGAAGAGAGACAAGAUUAUAGUCAAUGACCGUCAGCUGGCAUGUGCUCGAAUCGCUUCCACGGAGGGUCAGGACUACCUGAAGGGAAUGGCUGCAGCUGGGAACUAUGCCUGGGUUAACCGCUCCUCCAUGACCUUCUUAACCCGUCAGGCCUUUGCCAAGGUCUUCAACACAACCCCUGAUGACUUGGACCUACAUGUGAUCUAUGAUGUUUCUCACAAUAUUGCCAAGAUAGAGCAGCACGUUGUGGACGGAAAGGAGCGGACGCUGUUGGUGCACAGGAAGGGAUCCACCCGGGCUUUCCCGCCUCACCACCCCCUCAUUGCCGUGGAUUACCAGCUCACUGGACAGCCGGUGCUCAUCGGUGGCACCAUGGGAACCUGCAGUUAUGUACUUACUGGCACUGAACAGGGCAUGACUGAAACCUUUGGAACCACCUGUCACGGAGCGGGCCGUGCAUUGUCUCGAGCGAAAUCUCGGCGUAAUUUAGACUUCCAGGAUGUCUUGGAUAAAUUGGCAGAUAUGGGAAUUGCAAUCCGUGUGGCCUCACCCAAACUAGUAAUGGAAGAGGCUCCUGAAUCCUAUAAGAAUGUAACAGAUGUGGUGAACACCUGCCAUGAUGCUGGAAUCAGUAAGAAGACCAUCAAACUGAGGCCAAUUGCUGUUAUCAAAGGCUAGAACCUUGACCAGGGCCCCCCGACACCCUAACCCUCACCAGCCCUGAAGUGGAAGUGGACUGAAACGCUCUUCAGACCUCAGACUUGAGAGACCUGGCCGUUUCCAAAGCGUGCAGCCCUAAUUUCCUGACCCAAAUGGCUGACAGGAGGCUGCUGCUCUCUGGGGCCAGUGUUGGAAGUUACCUUGGAGGAGUCACGUCGCCCCCAUUUGGAAAGGGGCAGAUAAACUUCUUCUUUGGUUGGCCAUAGAUUUUUAGGAAAAUCUCUUAGGAGUUGGGGAUGGGUUAAGAAAUUGCCUUUACUCAGUCAUAAAAUUUUUGGUCAGAAUUAAUUUCCUUACACCAGGCUCUGUUUACAUCUCAAGAAGUGUCAUGAAAGAUAUCCUAGUAAACAAGAAAAUUUUGGAAUGUUUACUUUCUUCUUGUCCCUUCUUCAGUUUGUCCAUUCAUCCACCCACCUACCUACCCAUGCCAUCCCCCCAUGCUGAGCAGAACUCUAAAUACCACUCUCACUUGCAAAGUAAGAUGAUAAUUGGGGUAUUAGAUGAAUGGAUAAUUGGACAAAUUGAGGGAGUGGUUGUGGAAGCAUAGGAAUAGGAGCCCAAGGGGGGGAAUUUUUCAGAGGCUUAUUACCUUCUCAUUCUAAAUACAAGGCAGAGUUUUGGCUUACCUGCAAAACGGCACCUAAUCAAAAUCUGUCAUUGAUUAGACCUGGCCUGGCAAACUCCUCUUGAAUAAUGCCAUGCACAGCAGUAGCAGAGAACCCACACGUUAUACCAAGUAUCUUUACAUUUCCUGAUUGAAUUAUUAUAAAAGCAUUAAGUGACCAGAGCUGUGGCAUUAAUGGCUGGUCUACGUUAGGUCGACUAGUCUUGGGCCACCUAAUCAUUUCAUGUUACGUACUGUGACACCUUGAAGAGUUAAAGGACCAUAGCUACAGGUUACUGAAGCUUUGGUUGAGUCUGAACAGCCAGUAAAAUAGAAAAAUCUAAUAAAGUUACAAUAUAUUUAUAUGUUGUGCUUAGUAUUUUAUAGCUUAAGAAAAUUAGUAUUUGUACUUGAUUCACUUUGGGCAGUGUUGGCUUUUCGCUGAUUUUCUCCCAGGCUGCCUUUGGAGACUCGGCCUAAAAAUAUUCUUUCCUAAGACUUACCCCUCAGCGUAAAACCCCCAUUGAGGUAUCUUCUAGGUACUGCCAUUUAGAAGGCUGGGGAAGAGUAGACUUACCCAGAAAAUUGUAUGAGACAUGAAAUACCAUUUCUUUACUCGGAGCACUCAGUAACUUCAGUGUUUUUUCGAUGGUAGAGUUUGAAAGGUAUAAGUAAGUUAGAAAUUUUAAUGCAAUCUUUAUGGAUUACUCAUGUCCUCAUACUGAAUCAGCCACUUGUACACAGAUGACUUAGGAUGCAAACCUACGACCAAACACCAGGAGGCACUUGCAGGCCCUAGCAGGCGCUAGAUUUUCUACAGAUGAGGCAAGAUUGGAGUGUCUGCAUAUAGGUUCAGCAUAGCUGGGCUUACCUAAUGACACACCAGGCAAACCUAACUCAAAGCAAGGGGCCCGCCCAAAGCUAACUGAUGUCAGUGCGGGAAAUGCUUAGAUCGUCUUAAAUACGUACAACUGAGUUUUAUUAGGUGCUCUGAAAGUUACUGUUUGGGGACUGGAGACGGGAGCAGGUAGGAAGGCAGAAAUAAGGAAAAGAAUGGUUUAUGCCAUGGAGUUUCCUGCUUCAAUAAACUUUUCUUGUAUGUA